AUGGCUUCCAAUCGUCUCUCACUCAUCUUCUGCAUUGUCAUAACGUUGAAUCUUAUGAACCUCCUUUCUGCCUCAGCGGCCUACAUGCUCUCUUCCGGGUACCAGGCUGAUCAAAACUCCAUCGUCUACAAAAUGCCCCGCCGACAUUCGAGUACGUUUCACGCCCUCCUUUGUCCUUAUCAGUCUUGCAUGUUCGGAGAGACCAGGCAUUCCUACGCCUGCAACCUCUUAGUAACAAAAAGCGUUGGCAACUAAAAGAAGGUGUAGCGUACGGAUUGCCACCCAUAGUCAUUGAGGCAAUGCAUUUUUGUGGCAUCGAAAGCCGUGGCUUGCACAAGAGAGGGAUUGCUUUGCUUAAGAUAGUCAUCCGAUAGCGGUUGUAAUGAACAUAUUUUCGUGAUAAAAGAUGCAACCUACGUUCAAACAAUCUGCUUAAAUCCCGCAGCUUUGAAGGACAGAUACUGACUUAUACUAACACUAGUUAAUCCAAAAUUAAAACGCAAUUAUGAGGCAUAUUUCGUUUACCGCCUGAACAUGGAGGAUUUUUUGAGGUAUGUUUACUCACGUCCUCUGGCAAAUGUUAGAAGUUGAUAUAAGCCCUCUGCCAGAAGUGGUAUUUCCAUAGUAAUUGUUUUAAUGAUCAUAUUAACAGAUUUCUCCUUAAAAACAGUCGAACAGUCGAACAGUCGUUAGCCGUGAACACAAACCGCCAGUAGCCUCUCGCCUUCUCUCAUAAAUCAGUCCACGCAACCUUUGUCCUUAAGAAUAAACGUACAGUAGGUGUGCUAACUCACGAAACGUCAACCGGAAUUCCGAAAUGCGUUUUCGAUUCGAAUAGAUUAAUUAAGCAGAGCUGUACAAUUAGUUACCCUGCAACAUAAUUUUCUAAAAAUCCAGCUACCCCGAGAUGCCGGCUUUCAAAGGAACUUCUUUCCUCCUGCAUGCAAAAACCCCACUAUGUAAAAAAUGCCAACUUAAGUAUCAUGACAUUUUCUCCUUGAUUUUCGAUGCUCUUAAAUAUUCAAUCAUAUUUCAUGGAAAAUAUGCAUAAACAAAAUUCAUACUUUUACUCAUUCGGUAGAAAAUUAUGUCUUCUUCCAAUGUUAUACUCAAAGGAAGGGUAUAAUUCGGUUUUCAAAAAGUUUAUAAAUGUGAGAUUUUUUAAUACCCGAAAUGGCCGUUCAUAAAACGCUAUGUCGACGCAUUUACAAAUAUGGCUUGUAAACUUAACAACAUGGAUCAAAAUCACUGCUAAAUUUUAUGAAUUCCGUAUGGUCUCCUCCUAAUACCGUAGAGAAGUGUAAAGAUUUCCGCACGCGGGAAGUUUACAGCUUGUAGUUUGGAAAAUGUGAAUGCAAGUGUAACGGCAGCUCGGGUUCAAAAUUAUUCAGGAAUUGGAAAAAAAUUGAAAACCGAGUAUACAAUUGGCAUCAGACGUAGUUUUCUACCGAAUAAGCAAAAGAAUGAAUAUUUCUAUACAUGAUUUCCAUGAAAUAUAAUUGAGUAUUCGGAGGCGUUGAAAAUCAAUGCGAAGGGUGCAUGCUACUUAAAUAGACAUUUUUUACAUAGUGUGGUUUUUACAUCCAGUCAGAAAGAAAUUCUUUCAAAAGCCGACAUCCUGGGGUAACUGAAUUAUUAUGGAAUUACGCUGCAUGAUGAUCAGUUUCACAACCUUACUUACUUAACCUUUUCGAAACAAAAACGCAUUUCGGAAUUUCCGCUGACAUUUCAUAAGUUAGCCCUCCUACUGUAACUGUAACGUCUACCCGAUCAGUUUUGUUGACCUGACUAUGACAGUGAGAGCUUUUUCUCCAUACGAUGCUCACGGAGGCGCCCUAGUCCCAGAGCUGUAUAGAAAGGUACGUCAUAGAGCAGGACGCAGCUGAUGAAACCACCUUCCUUUCUAGUUUGCCUCGUGGAGUUAUUUCUUAUCACCUACCGGUAGUCUUUAUAUCCCAUUUUCGUCUAUUUGCUAAUGUGAAAGACGGAAGACAGUAAUGCUGAUAUUUAUUAACAAUCAUAAAACACCAUUUUAAAGGUUUUCCAACAGAUGAGCGCUUUGUCUGAGGCAUAUUCCGUAGCGGCACUCUCGCUGGAUGGUUUGAUGUGGGUUAUUUGGCCUUUACACAACAGGCUUGCCUCACACUCGACGAAAUGAAGUCCCAAAUUGGUCUGAUUCAGUAAUAGGAGGAAGCAGUUAUACCGAUGAAGCGAACUCCAUCUGUGCUAGGAGAAGGAGGAAAAGAAACCCUUCUUCCUCCUACCGUUCCGUCCCCGCAAACGGACAUGUCGCGCGGAUGCAGAAGUUGCGAAUGUAUUUCGCAACAAGACCAAACCAACAGUUUCUUUUACGUAUGUGUGCGUGUGUGCCGUGCAGUCUACUGUCUGAGGUUUAAACGUCAUCAUCCGCAUCCAGACGCUCUUGGCGGUCGUACAGCUGCAAGGUAGUCGAUUCAUUUCAGACAAACCCAGCAUAUGCGUGAAAUGCAGUAACGAAUUGAACUGCCUUUAUUGGGUAGGACUACCUUAUGUAGCCCCCUUUACAGGAGAUGAGAACAGGUAUGCCUGCUCAGGUAAUAAAGGUGGAACUGUGCAUGAUUCUGCAAAGGGCAAAAUAUUCCCGUGCCCUAACUCCAACAAUGACAUUAAUAAAAAAGUAAACCGCUGACUUAAGUUGACUUCAAACCUACCCUAAACCUUAACUCUGCAGUUAACACUAGCCGCUACCUUAACCCUAAGGCUGAUCCCGAGUUUCCUAACCUAGCCUUAAACCUAAUCCUUAAUCUAACUCUAACCCCUUCCAUAAACCUAACCCGUAUUUUACUGAAAGCUGGCUCAAAGCCGCCCGUAUGUAGACGGUUCCUGUUCUCGUGUACCAUUUAGGGGGCUACAUAAGUUAGUCCUACUCUUCAUUGUUCACGGUUCUAGAGCGGACUAACCAUGAAAACGCGGACGAGUCUUUCACAUAUUCCCUAACACAUGCAAAGGGACAUUAAAUUUUUGUAUUUCUUUAAGUUUUACACUUCAGCCUCCAUUAACUAUUGGCAAAAUAGAGGUUUUUCGUAUUCCAAGCAAGCCUAAAGCUACAGAGAUGACCUUUUUCACAAAUGCCCAAAACACUACUGUUGUCUUAGACCUGAAACUCCCUUCACCCAUCGCCUCCUUGCGCUGGUUGCUGUGUCCUCUCAAGUUCCAGCCUCUAACAAGCGAGUUUAAGACUGUUUUAUGUCAAAAAUCCAUCCUACACAGUUUGAAAACUCAAUUUCCAAGCGUUAAAGUGUGUCCGAGUCAGACCUCAUCCUCAAUUUGUGUCUCCUCUGAACGUCUCCAUAUUCCCGGGCGACAGCGUUUCACGUUUGCUGCCAUCGUUGGUAAAGUUAUUUACUUACUGACUCAUUUGUCCCGAAAACAUCGGAUAGAAACUAAAACACGCAUUAGUAUUGGGUGGAGAGCUGACGGGGUCGUUCCAAAAUUAUUUUUUGCGUUUUCUACCAACUAUCAAAUAUCAGUCCCCAGGUUUGGCAGAUUUCGUAAAAAGAACCUUUACCUCAGCUGAUUUCAUUGUUCACUUGUGUAAUUUAUAUCUAAACUUUGUCUCUUUCAAAACCUAUAAUUAUGGCCGCCCCUACCUAUACGGAACACGGCAUAUUAUUGCUGGAACCAUGAUUGAAGGAAGGAGUAAUGUCUGUCUUCUCCAGCGAGCAAACCAAUUUUAUCCGCAAAUGAGCUAUUUAGCUACAUUUGGGCGACGAAACGCGGGCCCUCAUGAUAGGUCUUGGGGGUUUUGACGGCAGUUUUCUCUCGAGACAUGUAACCGGAGUUUAAAACCCUGAUCUUCAUAAUCGCAACGGGAUGUCGGUGCUAGAUGGAAUAGGCUGGGCAAAAGUAUGAUUCAUAGCCGGGGUUGCUUACAUCGGGGAGGAUUUGCGUCGAGCAAAAGAGCUGAGCAUCCAAAAACUUUGUAGUAUCUCAGAUGUUGAUCCUCCAUAUUGCCACCGACAAAAACGUGACACUAUUUUUACCGCUGAUUGAGGGUAGUUAAUUUAAAUUAUGCGCCUUUGCAGGCAUUGUCAAAAAGUUGCUGCAUUUUCGUAUUUUUACUCCGAUGACUACCUUUAAGUACCUUGACCACCCUCACGCAACAGCCGCCACGAAGUCUUUUUAUUCCUUUCAUUAAAGCGUACGAAUAAAUGUCGCCAGUUAUUUUCUUUUGGUCCAAUUGCUCCCCGGAGUACGUAAACCCGGCCAUAAAGCUGACAGGAGCCCUCGAAACGGACCUAAAAAUAACUACUGGCGAGUGACACUAUGUCGUGUUUGGUCGUGUAUUUUUCUGUAAGCAUGGUUCCGUCUCGUCCACCUCGCCACAUUCGUCCGCCCUUAUCUAACGUCACCUUCCAUGACGCAUCUCUUGGUGACCGAGUUAAACUCGAGGAGUCGAACUACUCACUGUAGUCUUUAGGGUACUGACAAAUAUUAAAUCGUGCGUUUGUUUUAUAGAAAGAAAUUUCACACCCGUGGACAUGCAUAAGGAAUCAUAUUAAGCUUCUUUUGUUGAGGAAUACGGGCUACAUUCCAGUGAAUUAAGGCCAGUCAGGUGGGAGAAGAGGACUGUUUCUAGUUAGCUGUCACUAGGUCUGUCGCCCACAGAAAUUUUCAGCAGAAACAAACGAAACUCGCCAGAGUGGCCCGCUGGAUUUUGCCGGGAAACCGGCCUGACGAGGUGUAUCCACCCUUCUAGUUUUGUCUUCUUAUAUGUCGACAUACCGCGGCUCAUAUGAAGAUGCAGUUAUCACGGAGAUCGGAUUACCAGAUGCGCGGCCGUGCGGCGGAAACGUGCUCAUCACACGGUGUCGUAACGAAAGUCGGACGCAAAUGGCGGAGCACACGAUCUUCUCCGUAUCGUUUCUUCGUGUUUACUUUUUGCACACAAAAAAUACAGCCACUAUAGUGCAAGUCUUGCAACUGCGAAAUUUUGACGAUUUUGGGAUUGUUAUGCAUACUGGAUAAUUAACUUGGCUCCUGAUAUUUUUACUGAGCUUGUAUGUUUCCAAGGGACGAAAAAGACUUCAACCCAUCUAAAUUCUCUUAGGCUGGAAACCGUGUAUAAUCCUUUGAUGCUGAAGCAGAGAUAUUUUGUAGUGAGAAAAUAGGGCAAGAGGGCAGCGCCAGUCUCCACUGCGAAUGGGUGGUACAAACACAGCCGUUGGGCAACAGCUCCACGUAAUAUAUUUACGAAAUUCGAGGAGGACAAAUUUACUGUGAUUUCCACACAUUAUUUAAAGGACUUCAGUUUCGAAAAGCGCCGCCAUGAAGUUAAAGUCUGUCGAGAAACAACGACCAGCCGGCUUCUGUCAUCAGACCGCACUCACUCAAAGUAUACCUUAAAGCAAUACUGCGAGGCUUAAUUUUGUGCUAGGUUAAUAGCCCUUGUAUUCCCUAAAGAACCUGACAUUCAACUAGGGGCAGUUUCGCAGCUCGACAGCCGCAGUUUCAACAGAUAAAUUUAGCACUCUUUUGCCUUUUCAAAAAAUAUCAAAAAUGUCGAGUUAAAAACGUUCUUAGAAUUUCUCAUUGCCGCACACUCCGUAUUUGGAGGCGUCGAACAUUGAUAUGCUAGAAAAAACACUUCACCAUUUUGCUGAACCAGGUUACUUGCAUUUUCGCUUAUCUUACUGUUAACUGUUACUAGUAUCCUGAGAACUAUUAAGGCUUAACCGUACUUCAGGCCUGAAUGUGAGUCAAAUCUAGUUUCCAGUGCCGAGCGCAGGCGAAAGUCCAGACAAUCUGUCGCGAAUGACAACAUCCACCGUGUGCAUCACGGAGCAGGUGCAGCGUCAGUGACUUUGAUGUCAACAAGAUUAUAAUAAGGCAGGCUUUCGAAACACCUACGGCACUCUUCCCUCCAUCACCUACCAGGCUCUUGUGACAAGACCAAGUCAAUACAACCGGCGAUAGGCCCGGACUCAGUGAUUGAAAGAGCUAGGCAGGCCAUAUACGCAUGCCAAACACGAUCUUGCCACCACAGCCUGUACGGGGCUUUCGUCUGCUCAGAUAUGUUAGGACGAAGGAAACUGUAUAACACUCCGCCUUGUGGUUGUUCCUGGGCCCUGUUUGUAAAAAGCCUCCAUUAGGCUUUUCUUUUGUCUGCACUGAUCUAGUUGUAUAUGCAAGUUUAUUAGGCAUAAGACGGAAGAGACCGACGGGGUAAAGGUUCACUGCGUUUUUCGGCUGCAGCCUGACCUUCACCACUUAUAAUGCGGGACUUUCAAACAAUUUCUGAAUAGUAGUCAUGAGGGCCAAAGCUUAUCUUUCUUAUGUUUGCUUGUCUUUUAGCGAAAUUAAAAGUCUUCGCUGAGUGCCGCAAAGACUGCAACAGCCAGUGCAACCACAGCCUCUACGCAUAUCUCGCUAACAAGGUUAGUUUCUUUUUGAAACGUUAAAGGAUGCCUCAGUUAAUCUAAACCCUUCUUUCAACACUUUUAUUAGCUCCAACUAGAGGCAGUUCUGUUGACUUGGUUCGGAUAUGCUAAGAGCAAAUAUAUAACACGUACCUGUUUAAUUUGCAGAUGCCUCUUCUUAUUGCCUGAAGACCUAAACUUCAAAACUCUGGGCAAAAUGUGGGGUUGCAGAGCUCCAGAUGCUGCCUAUGGGGAUGAAUCUUGAAAAAAAUAAAGCUUUGACUUGCCAACUCCAACAACUGUCGAGUUUAUGUAAAAAGGGUGUUAGCCCCAUGGGUAAAAAAUAACUUUAGAAGACUGACAAAGAGAGUAGAGGAAGACUAGAGAGUGGGCGUUAGUUAUGGAAUCUCUUUUUUAGAAAUAAGAGCAUAAGCAAGAGACGAUGACGCUUAAAAAUAAAAGGUCAUUUGGCUAAAGUUCCGAAAAUCACGUCCCAAUGACCUAUACCGUACCCGUCUAUGCUGGAGUUACGUAGUAAAGACUUCUGACGACGCUACCCUAAAUGUAUUACCUUCCGUUUAUAACUAGUCGACCCGUAAAAGUGGAAAAGGCUAAUCCGAAGGUGAAUAGUAGUCAGUAGCUUGUCUUACCGGUCAGAGUGUGACGCAAUCAUGACUUAAACCUACCAAACCACUAAGGUUUACAUCGGUGUCUUGCUAAGCCGGCUUCGUUCUACAGUGUUUCAUGCUGCGUGACGGAGAGUUAGGAUGCCGUUGGCAUCGGCAAAUUAUUUUGAAUUGGCUUAUGCUUGAUUAGAGUGGGUGGGUAGAUGUCGAACGCUAUCAUAGCCCAGAUACCCAUCACCGCUCACACGUCAAGGAUGUCCAACUAACCUUGGCAGCCAAGACGACAGCAGUCACUACCGCCACCACCCGCACCCACCCACCGCUUUCCCUCCUGAGUGCCGCUGUGGCGCCUGGAAAAUCAUCCUAGAAAAAGGGUAGUGGAGAAGAGGCGAUAGGGGCGCCUUUCCAGAAGGUGGAACGCCUUCCAAAGCGCUUGACAUUAACCGACUUUAGAGGGUGCAGGAGAAGCAUAUUCAGUCGGGAAGAGGCUUAUAUCUACUGACUGAAGGCAUAGGGACGGUGUUCACCCACUUUGGUGCCAAAAUCCAGACUAAUCAGACCGUCGCUUCCUUUGACGUUGAAGUGUUGACGGUGCCAGGUCUGUUGACUUUCCUCUUCAGUAAUCCCCCCCCCCGCGUCGGCGGUUUCGGAAAAUGUUGACGCAGAGAGGAAGGUGUGGGCUAUGAUGGGGAAUAUGGUGUACGAAAAAGAUAAGUUAUUCGGACAAAUGACAGGCUCUAUGCGAUCACUGGAACACUGAAAGUACCCAUAAUUCAGGUUUGCCUAAUCGUAACUCUAAGCAAAGUGUGAGCGGUUUUUUGAAGGGGGAGUCGGAAGGAUGACGGAAGUGGAGUAAUUUUGAGGUACAUAUCGCUGCACCUACAAAACUUUUUUCCCUUUUAGAACGACUGUUACACGUGCCUGUAUGAGUGCAUGUCCGUAUUCACAGAACAGGCUGAGAAGAUGGGGGUAAGUAAAUUGGGUCUCUCUUGGUAUUUGAUGGCAUAAAUUCGAUAUUAUUCUAUUGCGCUCUUCAUUAUUAGUGUGAUUAACGGACGCUAAUGAUGGACAUAGUGAACUUACCAUUACGCCAAAAUGACCUUAAACUAAUCACCAUACUGUGCCCGACAUAGAUAUUAUUCAAAUGAUACUGUGCCAGUAACCUUACAUUGUAACCUUAAUAUAUGUCUGACACCACCAUCUGGAAAGCGGGGGAGAAAAGCAGACAACACGUGGCGUCACGCUGACAGUUCUAUUUUAUAAACUUUCACGAAAUGAUACGUUACGGUGUCUGUCUGAGAUGCGUACAUGCUAUCUAAUACUAUUUACUACACACUUUUUGGGGUGUUUCUUCUUACACACAGAGUGGUUGAGCAAAGUCCCUUAGGCACAUAUUCAAGUGAUAUCUCGAAUUUGCAUUGCAAAGACACUGAUGACUGUUCAUCUGCAAGAUUACAUCAUCGCCACCGAGGGCACAGCACUUGGGCUGUAAAAAAGCACUAGUGUUUUUGCCUAGCCAUUUUGAGAAACAGAAACAAUACACGAAAACGAAGGGAAGUGGAAAUCACAAGGGGAUCGCGUUAAUCUUUCUAACUUGACAGAAAACUGAAGGCUCAUGGUUAACUUUACAGCAUCACUGGUGAACCCAACUGCACUGCUGUUAGGAGUGCGAGGUUCGGGCAGAUAUAAAGUUAUUCUUUUCUGCUGCAAGUGGUUGGUGAUUAUCAACGCUCCUUAGAGGUAGAAGUGAGUUGUUAGACUUUUCGGUCUUUUCGCACUCCACGAGAUUGAUUUCGGUCAUUUUAGUUAUGAUAUGCAUAUUACGUUUUAUUCGCGGAAUUAUCCUAUGCCAGAACCACUUAUUAAUAGCCGGAAAGGACCAUCUGCUUGAAGUCAGUACAUUGAUGUAGGUUCUCUGAAACUGCCAUCGAAAAACAAUUGCUGUGUUGAUUUCAGAGUGGAAAUAGCAAUAGCAAUUAUAACUGUUGUCGCUGUAGUCCAGAGUCAAAUUGAUGUCUUUGCUCUUACACUGGUCUGAACACACCAGUUGCAAGGGUUUCGGUCAUCAGAGGAUCUCUAAGCAAGCCUCAUGUGCUUUUUAGUGCGUACAACAGUUUUUCAGGUUAAAUUUGUUAUUUUCCUCAAAAAUUGUUAGAACAUAGGGUAACUUCUUGGGCACAAAUAUUUUCAGUUCGGUUUGAAAGUAGAUACGCAUAUAUGGGCUAAAAUCUAUCAGCUUUGACGGACCAACAAGGCAAUAUCCAAAUUCUGUCUACAGACAAUCAGUAUAUAUAAACGUUUAUUGACUCACCGUGCUAGCCACACGGGUAAUACUUAAAAACCCAAGGACGUAAUUCGCCGACUUUGUGCUGCAGCUUGAAACAGCUGUGUGUUUCGACUCAUCAGUGAGUCCCCCUGCGCUCUUAAUGUGCAUUUUAGUACACACUCCAGUCCUUAAAGUUAGGGACGCUAAUUUUCUCAGUAGGACAAAUCAAUCGGUAUUUAAAUACCACUGACUGUGAGCCGAAUGUGAAUAUUGCGCUGUUGGUCUGCUGAAGCUGAUAUAUUUCGACUCAAGCAUGCAUACCAACUUUCGGAGCGAGCCUAGAAAGGUUUACGCCAAAGACUUUACUCCAGGCUCACACACUACUUUCAAAGGAAAUUAAAAACAAAUCUGUUGUCGUUGUAAUACCUAGGUGAAUUGGUUUUUCAUAUGUCUCGUUGGUCCGGUCACGACAGGAAGUGACCACUUGUGAGGACUGUAGACUCGGGGCCUCAAGACAAAACGGAAGGUUCCAAUUCCAUCUUGCAAGUGUCAAUCCGAUGUGACACUGGCUCCUGAUUCUAGUUAACGUGAUGAAAAACUAUAAAACUUUUACAGAUAACUCCCAGCGAUAUGAAUCCUGAAGCUUCUCCGAAUUCGUUAGCACCCUUUUGGAGCGAGAUUUUGGCACGAUCGUGAUCAAGAGACAUGCCUAUAAAAUAACUCUAUUUUUUCCAGAAUAUAAAUCCAGACAGCUAAUUGAUUUGAAAUUUAAAAUGACAGUUAGAUAACAAUAUGCGAUGCUCCUGUAAGAUCCCUGAUCCGUUUUCACCUUUUUAAAAGAAGAAACUACGCAAGCAUCACAGGUCUGUGCAGGAUGGACAAAUGGUUGGGCCACUAGAUAUUUGAAAAACGUCUCAUAAAAAAGCACAAUUCUACAGGCUGGUGCACGGACCUGCCAUAAACCACUGUGCUGGAGGUUUUAUCAAAUCUCUUCAAAGUUGCUAAAAGUACCGCCGUCAUGUACCUGAGUCCAAUGAAUGAGCCGUUUUUGGCUGAAAAAGUAGCAAACGACCGCCGACCACUGUCGACCAGUUGGUUUACCAGCCAAUAUUUCUCUUUCCGGUCACUGAUUACUGAGCGGUGAGCUGUAUAGCAAAAAUCGGCACAAAGACAGCUAUGCGACCAUAUCUGCAUACUUUUAAAAGAUGAAAUUUUCUCGUUUCAAUCACUUUUACUUUGAGCUAGGAUAUGCAAUCGCCCGUUUCUACUUUUUUUGGCAGAUUCAGGUACUGAGCGAAAAAUCGAGCAAGCGGGCAAGGCAUGUGACCGGAUUUGGAGAUGCCGGCAGAAAGAGGCUGCGACUGAGGCAGACCCAAACUAAUUCGCCCACAUUCGACCUGCAGAACUACAGAAGGUCAGCGUAG